AUGGAGGAGAGCUUGCAGUCGACUGUGUUCAUCGGCCUCGUAAUUGGGACUGUCCUGGUGCUGGUCAGUGGCGGUGUCUUCCUCCUGUAUAGAAGGAUGAAGCAGUCUCGACAGCUGCAGCCUGCCAGUCCACAGUACAGGUUCCGCAAGAGGGAUAAGGUGAUGUUCUAUGGCCGGAAGAUCAUGCGGAAGGUAACUACCCUUCCCAACACCCUGGUGGGGAGUGGUGCUGCACCCCGACAGCGGGUGAGGAAGAGGACCAAGGUGCUGUCUCUGGCCAGAAGGAUCCUGCGUUUCAAGAAGGAGUACCCCACUCUGCAGCCCAAGGAGCCCCCGCCCUCCCUGUUGGAGGCAGAUCUCACCGAGUUCGACGUGAAGAGCUCCCACCUGCCUUCCGAGGUCUUGUACAUGCUGAAGAAUGUUCGGGUCCUGGGCCACUUUGAGAAGCCGCUGUUUCUGGAACUCUGCAAGCACAUGGUGUUCAUGCAGCUGCAGGAGGGGGAGCACAUGUUCCGGCCGGGGGAGCCGGACAACAGCGUGUAUGUGGUGCAGGACGGGCGGCUUGAGGUCUGCGUCCAAGACACGGAUGGCACUGAGGUGGUGGUCAAGGAGGUCCUGGCAGGAGACAGCGUCCACAGCCUCCUCAGCAUCCUGGACAUCAUUACUGGCCAUCCCGCCCCAUAUAAGACAGUCUCAGCCCGGGCAGCUGCCCCCUCCACCAUCCUCCGACUGCCGGCUGAGGCUCUACAGGGCGUGUUUGAGAAGUACCCCGAGACCCUUGUGCGGGUGGUACAGAUCAUCAUGGUGCGGCUGCAGCGAGUAACCUUCAUGGCCCUACACAACUAUCUGGGCCUGACCACAGAGCUCUUCAACCCCGAGAGCCAGGCCAUUCCCCUCGUGUCUGUGGCCAGUGUGGCCAAGCGGCAGGUGUCCGGAAGCCCAGACGAGCAGCCCGAGAAGCCUCCUCGAGAAGCCUUCAACCCAGAUGGAGGGAGUGUCCGUGCGGUGGGAUCUGGCCUGCUUAGGAGGAGCCUGUCUGUCCCGCUGCCUUCGGCCUCUGAAGAGCUCGAGGUCUCAGCUCAGGACAAGCUCCAGAAGGCCCCUGUGGCCCCAGCAGGUCGAAGUGGGGGACCCCACUCAGACCUACAGGCAGCCUGUGAUCGAGCCCAGGCCUCCUAUCAUGCCGACGAGCACACAGAGAGCUAUGUAGCUGUGAAGAAAAGUGUGAUAGUGUCCGAGACCCCUUCGGCAGUCUUCCAUUACUCCCCGAGCUCCUCUGACGAGGCUGUGGCCAGCAGGAAGACAGAUGCCAUCUUCAGGGCUGCCAAGCAGGACCUGCUCACACUGAUGAAGCUGGAUGAUCCCUCCCUGUUGGACGGCCGGGUAACGCUUCUCCACGUACCGGCGGGCACGGUGGUGUCCAGGCAGGGGGACCAGGACGUCACCAUUCUCUUUGUGGUGUCCGGGCUGCUGCACGUGUACCAGCGCAAGAUCGACAGUGAGGAGGACACGUGUCUGUUCAUCACGCACCCCGGGGAGAUGGUGGGCCAGCUGGCCGUGCUCACGGGCGAGCCCCUUAUCUUCACCAUCAAAGCCAACAGGGACUGCUGUUUCCUCUCCAUCUCCAAGGCUGAUUUCUACGAGAUCAUGCGAAAGCAGCCGACCGUUGUCCUGGGAGUCGCGCACACUGUUGUGAAGCGCAUGUCCUCCUUCGUGAGGCAGAUUGAUUUUGCACUGGACUGGAUGGAGGUGGAGGCUGGACGUGCUAUCUACAGGCAGGGAGACAAGUCAGACUGUACCUACAUUGUCCUCAGUGGUAGACUGCGCUCGGUCAUCCGGAAGGAUGAUGGGAAGAAGCGCUUGGCUGGCGAGUAUGGCCGUGGAGACCUCAUUGGUGUGGUGGAGACGCUGACUCAUCAGGCCAGGGUCACCACCGUGCACGCCGUUCGGGACUCAGAGCUGGCCAAGCUGCCUGCAGGAGCCCUGACGUCCAUCAAGCGCAAGUACCCCCAGGUGGUGACUCGACUGAUCCACCUCUUGGGUGAGAAGAUCUUAGGCAACCUCCAGCAGGGAACUGCAGCAGGUCACCAGCAUGGGAUCCCCACAGCGGGCAGCCAGUGGGACAUGGGGAACCCAGCUAGCAACCUUGCCACGGUAGCCAUCAUGCCGGUGUCGGAGGACGUGCCCUUGCCCGCCUUCGCCCUGGAACUCCAGCACGCCCUGCGUGCCAUUGGCCCUGUCCUGCUGCUGACCAGUGAUAACAUCAAACAGCGCCUGGGCUCUGCUGCUCUGGACAGUGUCCACGAGUACCGGCUUUCCAGCUGGCUGGGGCAGCAGGAAGACAUCCACCGGAUCGUCCUCUACCAAGCAGACAGCACACUGACACCCUGGACCCAGCGCUGCAUCCGGCAAGCCGACUGCAUCCUCAUCGUGGGGUUGGGUGAGCAGGAACCCACCGUGGGCCAGCUGGAGCAGAUGCUGGAGAACACUGCGGUGCGGGCCCAGAAACAACUCAUCCUGCUCCACCGAGAGGACGGCCCUGAGCCGGCCCGCACGGUGGAGUGGCUCAACAUGCGCAGCUGGUGCUCUGGUCACCUGCACCUGUGCUGUCCACGGCGCGUCUUCUCCCGGAGGAGCAUGCCCAAGCUGGUGGAAAUGUACGAGCGCGUCUUCCAGAGGCCGCCCGACCGGCAUUCGGACUUCUCUCGCCUGGCGCGGGUCCUGACCGGCAACGCCAUUGCCUUGGUGCUCGGGGGAGGGGGCGCUAGGGGCUGCUCCCAGGUCGGCAUCAUCCGGGCCCUGGCUGAGUCCGGUAUCCCUGUGGACAUGGUUGGAGGAACAUCCAUUGGGGCUUUCAUGGGGGCCCUGUAUUCUGAGGAACGAAACUAUAGCCGAAUGCGUAUCCGGGCCAAGCAGUGGGCUGAGGACACAACAUCCAUGGCGAAGACAGUCCUGGAUCUGACCUACCCGAUCACCUCCAUGUUCUCGGGUGCCGGCUUCAACAGCGGCAUCUGCAGCAUCUUCAAGGACCGACAGAUUGAGGACCUGUGGCUGCCCUACUUCAUCAUCACCACAGACAUUACAGCCUCAGCCAUGCGGGUCCACAGGGAUGGUUCCCUGUGGAGGUACGUACGUGCCAGCAUGUCCCUGUCAGGUUACCUGCCCCCUCUCUGCGACCCCAAAGAUGGACACCUGCUGAUGGAUGGGGGUUACAUCAAUAAUCUUCCAGCGGAUGUGGCCCGUUCCAUGGGGGCCAAGGCAGUGAUAGCCAUUGAUGUGGGCAGUCAGGACGAGACUGACCUCACCAACUACGGUGACUCCCUGUCGGGCUGGUGGCUGCUGUGGAAACGCUGGAACCCCUUGGCCACCAAAGUCAAGGUGCUGAACAUGGCGGAGAUCCAGACACGCCUGGCCUACGUGUGCUGCGUGCGGCAGCUGGAGCGGGUGAAGAGCAGCGACUACUGUGAGUACCUGCGCCCCCCCAUCGACAGCUACGGCACCCUCGACUUUGGCAAGUUCGACGAGAUCUGCGACGUGGGGUACCAGCAUGGCCGGACAGUAUUUGACAUAUGGGUUCGAAGUGGUGUGUUGGACAAGAUGCUGAGGGACAGGCAGGAGACACAGACGAAGGCUAGUAAUGUUCUCACCUGCCCCAAUGCCUCCUUCACGGACCUCGCUGAGAUUGUGUCAAGGAUUGAGCCCCCCAAGGUGGCCACAGUGGACGACGAGUCUGAUUACCAAACUGAGUACGAGGAAGAACUGCUGGGGGCCCCCAGGGACACAUACGCUGACUUCCAGAGCACUCCAGCUGAAGAGGACUCAGACUCGGAGUGUGAGCCCGCACUGCGGCACCGACAUCACCAUCUGGCUUCCCCAGCAUCGUCCCAGGACUUUUCUCCGCCCUCCUUCUCUGACCAAGAUGGGUAG